GCUUCAGUGCAGUGUACACCAGCACCCAUGUCUCUGCUCAACGUAGCCCUGCGAUGUGGACAAUGUCGCGGUCCUUUGGGAAUAUUCAAUCCUUUGGCUCGUUCAUUUCAUACCGGGCAGAUUCUUCUGGCUCGUCAAACCAAGAAAGUUGCUACUCCGUCGAAGAAGAUGUUAGCAGCGAAGGCUAGGAGGAAAUCUAAGACGAAGAAGAGUAUAUAUGACUCUGAAAAGAUGACUUUGGCGGAUGCCGUCUCAGUCUUACGCGCUGUGGAGGUCGCAUCACCGAACUCUACCUACGAGCUGGUUGUUAAGACUGAUAUGAAGAAGGGCACCGCUAUUCCAAGAGGUCGUAUGUCAUUACCUAGGGAACCUAAAGCCAUGUCCAAAGACCGUAUCCUUGUUUUCGCCGAGGGUCGACAUCUGGAAGAAGCAAAGAAGGCUGGUGCGGACAUCGUGGGUGGUCCUGAGCUUUGCGAUGGUAUAAUUGCAGGUCGGCAUCGGGCCACCGUGUUCCUCUGUAUACCCAGUUUACUCCGUGCAAUCACGCCAAAGCUUGGACGUUACCUCGGUCCUAAGGGUUUGAUGCCCUCAGAGCGCCGAGGGACUGUGACCGAUGAUGUCGCGACCUACAUUCGUCGUCUCAAAGGCAGUAGUGAAUGGAGGGGUGACAAAUCCGGAGUUAUUCGCACACCAAUUGCCAAACUACACUACCCAGUGGAUGAUGUGGUUAAAAACGUCCGAUACUUCAUGAACGUUGUCAAGCGCGCCACCGGAAACUUACAAGAUGGUAAAGAGAAAGGCAAGAAAGAGAACGCCAACAAGCCAUCGACUGCUAUUACGAAGGUCAUCCUGAGCUCCGCCCAAGGCCCCGGCAUACAGAUAUCCGAUGCAUAAGUAUACAGAGUGGAGGUAGUGCUAUAGCUACAUAAUCUACAAUUCAUCAUAAUCCAGAAGCGGGAAGAGUCAGAGUGGCCGGCAUAUCUCAGUCGCCGUAGUAAGCGUCUUUGGAUUUUCGAUCUUCUUUUUGCAAUCUCCUUCGUUCAUGUCUCGCGUCUUCCAACGCUCUUAUGUCUCUUUUCGGUUGUCGCAGAUCCUUGUUUCCCCUCUUGCCUAUGUCAGCACCCUUGAGCGGUAUGCCGUCUUGACGCUUGCCACCCUGAGGCACAUAGCGCUCUUGUGGGCGGUUCUUGGGCUCAUGAGGGAAUAUAUCUCCCCAACUCGACUUGCGAGCAUCGUAGAACGGUUGUUUACCUUGUGACCGAGGGAUGGUCAUCCGCAUGAUCUUACCUGAUGGUGAGGGGAACAGCGAAGUUAGGUGGAGUGUCAGAUCAUUGACAGGAUUGAUCGUACCUUCGUGGGUGCACCCGUCCAUAAUGAUGUGACCGCUCUUCUUAAGUGGAGGGAAUACUAGACGAGGCCAACUA